AUGUCCAAGGCGCUGAGGAAGAGGAAUCACUGGAGCGGGCGGCUGCGCGAGGCCGUGCUGAGCGUCACCGCCACUCCGAGUGGCGCGAGGCUUGUGCCGGCCCUAUCCCUGCUCGGCGGUGCAGAGGUGGCGCAGUUCCCGUACCUGGCCACAGCGGUGGACGAGCAGCAGGUGCGAGUUCUGGCCGGAAAGCUGCAGGCCGGUGACCUGCUGCUGGAGGUGAAUGGAGCGCCCGUCGCUGGGCUCACGUCACGCGACGUCAACGCUCUCAUCGCCGCCAGCCCCAGUCCCGUGCAGCUCAAGCUGCUCAAACCUGGCGGAGCUCUCACCAAGGACCUGCGGCUCUACCUCAACCAGCGCUUCCAGAAGGGCUCCGUGGACCACGAGCUGCAGCAGACGAUCCGUGACAACCUCUACCUGCGCACUGUGCCCUCAGCGGAGGCGGUGGACGGAGCCGGAGCGGCUGGGGAGGAGCAGAACGUUAGCAUGCAGGAGGCAUGA